UGGAUAACUUCAAUUUGGCCUUCCCCAGAUUUUCGUCUUUGGAGAAUCUUCACGCUACUUUUAACCCCGCAAACUCUCACCAGUUUAGAGUUGCGCCAUUGAAUAUAUAGAUCUCGUAUUUACUAUAAAUGCUCGUUGCAUGAUAUCAAGUGCCAUUAGAAGCUCCCAAGUCACUUGUUUCUACGCACAAUUCCAUAGCAACGAUGCGCGAACCUUGUUCUAUCGAAGAGAACGAAGAUGUGUCGGAGAUGAAAGUCCCCCACAAAGAUUGGGAAGUAUCCGAUGAUGUUAGAGAUUCCACAAGUGAAGAUGAUCUGCACAUCGAUCGAGCGGAGGAGAAGCGUCUGGUCCGAAAACUGGACAUGCGUCUAUUUCCUAUUCUUAUGCUUCUGUACGUAAUGGCAUUUCUGGAUCGAGUGAAUAUAGGGAAUGCCCGAUUGUUCCAUCUGGAGGCAGAUCUGGGCCUCAAAGGCGACGACUACCAACUCUGCGUAUCCUUACUUUUCGUCACGUAUAUCAUCAUCGAGCUACCCGCGAAUCUUUUCCUGAAGAAACUCGGCCCAAGAAACUUCAUUCCCUUCGCAGCUACUGCCUGGGGUCUUAUCGGCAUGUGUGCUGGAUUCGUUCAAAACAAGGGGGGUUUAAUCGCCGUCCGGCUGCUCCUCGGGGCGGCAGAGGCAGGAUACUUCCCGAGUGUCUGUUUUUAUCUGUCCUUCUGGUUCCGUCGGCGGGAAUUGGGUGUGCGCAUAUUCUUCCUAUUCAUCGCGUCCGCAAUCUCUGGAUCGUGCGGUGGCCUCCUUGCAUACGCGAUUGGACAUAUGGAUGGGAUAGCGGGAUAUCAUGCUUGGCGAUGGUUGAUGAUUCUGGAAGGACUUCCUACCAUCUUUCUGGGUGUGAUAGCUUAUUUCAUUCUCGCGGAUGAUCCCAUGUCAGCUAGCUGGCUGACAGAUCGAGAGAAAGAACUAAGCCGUAUUCGUCUACACAGAGACAAGACGUUGUUGGGAUCGGAUGAGCAAUCUGGGAGAAUACAAUGGGAUGAGAUCAUGAAAGGGGUCAAGGACUGGAAGGUUUGGGUUUUCAGCAUCGCCCAACUUGGCACGACGCUCAUGCUCUAUGGCUACUCGACUUUCCUGCCCACAAUCAUCAGUGGACUCGGAUACUCUGCCAUUGACGUCCAGCUUCUCACUAUUCCAUGCUACGCUUGCGGAGCCAUCGUCUACUGUAUCGUGGCAUACUUCUCUGACAAGAUCGGUCAGCGUGGUAUCUUUGCUGUUGGUGGAUGUCUCGUCGCUUCGACGGGAUAUGCCAUCCUUCUCGGGACAACCAAAUACGGCGCUGGGGCACAGUAUGCAGGAUGUGUUGUUGUUGCCGCUGGACUGUACGUUUCCGUUGGUAUCGGACUUACAUGGAUGCCGAACAAUAUCCCGUCGCAUUACAAGCGCGCCUUCGCAAACGGUCUACUCUUCAUGCUGAGCAAUCUCGGAGGUGUUAUCUCAUCUUACAUUUACAGGACUCAGGACGCCCCUGUAUACACGCUGGGACAUGCUGUGAUGCUAGGAUUCGUUACGUCUACGGCAAUCAUUCUAACCGCGAUGUCGUUUGUACUCCGCAGGGAGAAUCAGAAACGAGAUCGUGGAGAAAGGGACUACUUGCUGGAGGGUAAGACAGAGGAGGAAGUGGCCAAAUUGGGCGAUAAACACCCCCAUUAUCGCUACAUGUAUUGAACCUCUCAUUAAAUGAUACUCUCAUGAAUAUGACGAAGCAGUCUUUCGUUGAUAGAG